CUUUUUAAAAAAAUAAAAACAUUUUUUAUUUUCCCCCUCCUUACUCUUUCCUUUCUUCCCUUUCCCUUUAUCCUAUCCCCUCCACUGAUUCACACCAUGUCCGGACUCCUCGCAUACACAAAGUUGGCCUUGGCUGCCCCUCGUCUGUCUAUGGCUGUCCGUAUUAACUCCAUGGCUAUCCGUGGCUAUGCUUCCAAGAAGUUGUUUAUCGGCAACCUCCCCUGGGGUACGACUGAUGAUGAGAUCUCGGAAGUGUUAUCACAGUACGGCAGUUUCAAGGAUUUCCAUGUUCCUAAGGAUCAAGACGGACGCACCAAGGGUUUUGCUUUUGUAGAACUUGAAGAGGAUGCGGCCGACAAGGUGAUCCAAGAAGUCAACGGCCGUGAGUUUAAUGGCAGAGAGCUUCGAGUCAGCGUUGCCAACCCUCGUCCUGAUCGUUCUGAACGUCCUCCCCGUAAUGAUUUCCGUGGCGAGUUCCGCCCUCGUCGUGACUUCAACAGAAAUAACAGCAGAGACAGAAAUGGAGGUGAAAGACAGUUUCGUCCUCGUCGCGAGUCCAACAGGGACUACAGUAGGAACCAGGAUGGUGACGAUCGCUAUUUCCGUCGUCCUCAGAAUGACGGAGCUGAUCGUGAGUAAGGAAGUAAGAGACCAAGCAGAUGUUCUGAUUGAUAUCGCAAGACAGCAAAUGCCCAAUCAUUUAUACACAGGACAAUAGUGCCAGCAAACCAGCAAAGACAUAAAUACGCAUUUCAGACAGAAGGAUACCUACAGAAUAUGGUCCACAUCUUUUCUUUUUUCUACAUUCUAUUUCUUUUUUGUAGUUUACCAAUACACUUCGUUUUCUUUAUUUUUAUUUGUUAAAAUUUUUCGCAACUCUUUUUGAACUGGACAUUGUACAUUAUUUUUUUUUUUCGCAAUCCCCUCAGCUCUGGAUUGGAAGCAUGAAGAUAAUAAAGACACGGCAAAAGAAAUAAAAAGAGAUAACCCCAAUUCUAGAAAAUAAA